AUGGAAGACUGUGUUCAGCAAAGAGAAAUAAGCAAAAAUUCAUUUGAUGACAAUAGUACUCCUACAAGUGAAAAUAUUUUGAAUGAAACUGCUUCACAACAAGAACGAGUUGUUUACACUAAUUCGUCGGAAAUUAAUGAUACUAAACAGUAUGAUAUAGGAUUCGCAGUUGAAGAGGAAUGUAAUGUUAAAAUACGAAAAGAGAUAAGUGAACUUUAUAAUUAUUUAAGUAAAACGUGGACUCCAAAUAAAAAUUAUAUUUUUCCAGUAACAAAAGAUAAAAACGGUCAUAGUAGAAGUUUUCAUAUUGAAUGGAUAGAUAAAUACAAUUGGUUAGCUUAUAGUCAUUUAAGUAAGGAAGCUUUUUGCAAAGUUUGUGUACUUUUUGGACCAAAGGUGGGUGGUAUUGGGGGACAAAAGCUUGGAAUCUUGAAAGAAACUCCUUUAAUUAAGUACAAAGAUGCAUUAUAUGAUUUAAAAAAACACUGUGAAAGAGAAUAUCAUAAAACUGCAACUUUACGAUCAUUGGAAUUUAUUAAAUGUUUUGAAGACGCUGGUGAUGAAAAUCUUCGUAAACAUUUUGAAUUGGCGUCAAAAAACGCGACAUUUGUCAGUAAAACUGUUCAAAAUGAAUUGAUAAAUAUAUGCGGCUCAAUCAUAACAGACAAACUUAUAAAAGAGGUGAAGGACAGUGUUUUUUAUUCAAUUUUAUGUGACGAAACUUCAGAUUUGGCGCAUAUUGAACAAAUGACUUUAUCUGUUAGAUAUGUAGAUACAACAACAUGUACAAUUAAAGAAAAUUUUAUUUGUUUUGUACCUGUAUUUGAAUGUACUGGUGAAAACUUGGCUAAUGUAAUUAUUCAAAAAUUGAAGGAAUUAGGUUUAAGUUUAGAAUUUUUACGUGGCCAAGGAUACGAUGGAGGUGCUAAUAAUAUGCCGGGGAAAUAUAAAGGAGUACAAGCUAGAAUUCUUAAUUUACAACCAAAAGCGUCUUAUACACAUUGUGCAUCACAUCGGUUAAAUUUAACAUUAUUAAAAGCUUGCAAUGUACUACCUAUAAAAAAAUUAUUUUCGACCGUUAAAGAAGUAUGCAAUUUUGUACGUGAUUCCCCGAAAAGAGUUGAUUUGUUUAAAAAAGUAAUCACUGAACAUUUACCGACAUCAAAAUCUAUUAUUUUAAUAAAACUAUGCGAAACGCGAUGGGUUGAAUCUCAUGAGGCGAUUCUUAGAUUUUCGGAUAUGCUUUUUCCUAUUAUAAUAUUCUUGGAAGAUAUAAUAGGUAAUACAGAUGGAAAUAUACUUUCAAAAUGCAAUGGACUUCUUCAAUCAGUAUUAAAUUUUGAAUUUAUUUUGUCUUUGGAAGUAGCGGUCGAAAUACUGUCAAUAACUUUGCCAAUAUCACGUCAGCUACAAAAUCCAGAUUUAGAUUUAACAAAGUGUAUUGAAAUAAUAAAUCUUGUGUUGGUUGCUCUUAAAAAUAACAGAGAAGAUACAAAAUUUACUGAUAUUUUUAAUCGAGCUGUGUCUAAAGCAGGCGUUUUAUUUCACCGUUUUGGAUAA